CUCCUCUCCUCCCAACUCUCUCUCUCUCUCUCCUUCUCUGCCUGCUCACCGAGCUUCACCUGACAGCUGCAGCUCCGCGAUUGGUUUUCUUCUUACCGGUGAUUAAACCUCCAGCACUCUCAAAAUGGCCAGCAGAGGAACCGUGAAAGCCAGCGGAAACUUCAACGCCAGCGCGGAUGCUGAAGCCCUGUACAAGUCGAUGAAAGGACUGGGUACCGACGAGGACACCAUCCUGCAGCUGCUGACUGCUCGCAGCAACUCCCAGAGGCAGGAGAUCAAGGCCACCUACAAGACUCUGUUCGGCAAGGAUCUGGUGGACGACCUGAAGGGAGAGCUGGGUGGUAAAUUUGAGACCCUGAUCGUGGGUCUGAUGACCCCGCCCCUCGCUUACGAUGUGACACUACUCCGCAACGCCAUCAAGGGGGCAGGAACGGACGAGAAGGUGCUGGUGGAGGUCCUCGCCUCCAGAACAUGUCAGCAGGUGAAGGACAUCGUCGCCGCUUACAGACAAGAAUAUGAUGACGACCUGGAGGAGGAUGUUUCUGGUGACACCUCAGGUCACUUCAAGAGACUUCUGGUUAUUCUGCUGCAGGCGAACAGGCAGAAGGGGAUCCAGGAGGGAACCAUCGAGAGUGAUGCUCAGGUCCUCUUCGAGGCGGGAGAGAAGAAGUUUGGCACCGAUGAACAAACUUUUGUCACCAUCCUGGGAAACCGCAGCGCAGAGCACCUCAGGAAAGUAUUUGACGCUUACAUGAAGUUGUCUGGAUACGAGAUGGAGGAGAGCAUCAAGAGGGAAACAUCUGGACCCCUGAGAGACCUGCUGCUGGCCGUUGUGAAGUGUGCCAGGAGCGUCCCAGCCUAUUUUGCCGAGACCCUGUACUAUGCAAUGAAGGGUGCAGGAACUGAUGACGACACCCUGAUCAGAGUGAUGGUGAGUCGCAGCGAGGUGGACUUGAUGGACAUCAGAGCUGAGUUCAGGAGGAUGUUCCCCUGCUCCCUGUUUUCCAUGAUCAAGGGAGAUACCGGCGGUGACUACAGGAAGGCCUUACUGCUGCUCUGCGGCGGAGACGACGCGUAAGAAGCGCAUCGAGCAGUAGAGCAGGAACCCCACCUGAAGUGCCUCUUCUCUGGGUUAGCCCCGCACGGCCCCGACGGCUCACCGAAACAAGCUAACACAAAGUCAAAAAUGAUCACAAACGAAAACUGUCUUGUGUGUGGGAGACGGCCCAUCGGGUCUUUUUUAAAAACCGUCUUUGAAAGGUAGCUAACAUUUUGUUCAUGUCCACUUUAAUGCAGCUUUAUGGUCGACUAACAUCUUCAGUAAGAUUAAUUUUAUAUAAAUCCUUUGUAAUGAUAAGGAAUUGGACCAAAAUGGUUUUGUUUGCACUUUGUAUGGCAGAAACAAUAUAUGCAAUAAUAAACAUUUCAGCUGAUGAAGUACA